AUGAGUAUUUCUGAGCGAUAUAUUCACUCUUUUGAUAUUGUUCAUUCUCACUACAUUGAUCGUCAAACAGGCUGCAAACAAUUCAUAGAGCUCAUGCUGGAUAUGGCAGCCCUUGAAAAUAGCUAUGCUGAAAGUUUAGAGAAGAUUGGAAAAUAUCCUUAUAUUGCAUCUACAGAUGGCACAUUAUAUGAUGCAAUUGCUUCAAUGAAAAAGUUCAGUGCAAGUAAGGCAAUUCAAUCGCGCACUUUAGCUGAAAAUAUCUUAUCAGAUAUUAUUCAUCCUAUCAAAGAAAUGCUUACUCCCCCUCUGUGAGUGAACAAAACCAUUAGAAAAAUCGCCAUUUUUUGACCAAAAACCCACCCUCCGUGAGUGAACAAAAAUUUUUUUAAUAGAAAAAAUUUAAAUGGAAAAAAAAAUUGAUAUAUAAAUGAUAAUUAGUAUAAUUAAAUCUAGAGCUAAUUCUGUUUAAUUUUAAACAAAUUGCGUUUUAAAACAUAAAUUUUGCAAAUUAGGAUUUUUUUAAAUUUCGAAGAAAAAAAAUUUUCUAUAAAAUUUAUAUAUAAAUGUUUUAAAAAAAAAAAAAAUUAACCCCCCCUCCGUGAGUGAACAAAAUUUUUUUGUUCACUCACGGAGGGGGGGGGAGUUAGAGCUCAAGAGACUUCUAUGAAAAAAUCAUAUUCUGAUGGCCAAAAAAUUGUAAAGACCAGAUCAUCCUUACAGAAAAAAAUUGAAAUUUUAAAAGAUAACUUUUGGGGAAACUGCAGAAAUCUUGAUGAAAUUCUAUCUAGACAGGAAAAUUCAAUUGACAAAGAGUCUAAAAAGAUAAUUAAAAAGAAAAAAAACGAAGCUUAUAAUUCUCUUGAAAUGUAUGUGUCGGCUAUUGAUGAUUAUAAAAUUAAUGACAGCAAUUAUUAUGAAAAAAUGAAAGAUAUUUUAGAUAAUUAUCAAGCACAAGAAGCCUCAAUGCUAGGUUUGCUAAAAAGCUCGAUUAAAAAAAUCAUAGUGUAUAAUACAGCCUGGAUUAGAAAUAUUCAAUAUGACACUGAAACUUUCGCUAGCUCUCCUUUCAAGAAUUUUAUUUUUAAUGGGAUGGGUUGAUUUUUGAUUUUACAAAACCGUUUUUAUUAAAAAGUUAAAUUUUGAAGGGGAAAAAAAAAAUUUAUACUUUAAAUUAAAGCUCUAAUUUUUAAGAGACUGGAGAUUUCAUCACAAUCAUUAUAAAUUAUAUAUUAAUUAUUAUUUUUAAACUAAUUUUUUUAAAAUUUUUUUUUUCCUAACAUUUUGCUUGAACCAGAGGAGUAAGUAUUCAGAAAUUAUUGAUGUACAAAAAGAUAUAGAGCUAUUUUUUAAUGAAAAAGCCAAAAAUGAGCUUCAAGAAUUUGCUCCAAAAUAUGAACCUUAUGUUGGGGAAAGUUCUUUUUUCAAUGCUUUUGCUUCAGAUUUCCCAUUAAUAUCUACAUAUUCUGAGUCCCAACUAUGUGAAAUCGGCCAAAUCCAAAUUAAUAAAAUUGAUGACAUUUUUGUAUCAUGUAUGACUGGAAAACUUUUAAGUGUUGAAGAAACUGACAAUUUCAAAGAAAUUAUAUCUAGCUUUCUAGGAAGAAAAUGCUUUUCAAUUGUGCUGAGACGCUUAAAAGAAAAAGGAUUUGCUAUUGAAAAUGAGUCAGGAAUACAAGAAGUAUGCGGUUUGAUAAAUUUAAUGCUUAAUGAAUGUGAGAAAAAUAAAGAUGAGUGCACUUUUGGAGAGAUUAUUGAGUUUAUUGAAUCAAUUAUAAACAAAAAUACUAGCCAGCUUAUUAAAGAAAACUUGAAAAACAACGAAAUAUGGAAAAUGGUAAGUUUAUGGAAAUCUUUAAUUGACUCAGCAAUUGACAAGGAAAUUACUAGCUUUAGAAAUUUACUAUCAAAUAACAAUGAAAUUGAAGAAAGAAUUAAAAACAUCACAUUUUGCUUACUCACUCUCUUUACCGAUAGAAUGGGCUCCAUAUCAUUUGAUCAAAACAUUUGGUAUUGUGGCAUUUCACAGGUAUUUUUGGCCUAAAUUAUUUCCUAAUGAAAAUUUGAUAGAAUUUUAACAUUUUUUUGCUGACUCCCCCCCCCCCCUCCGUGAGCGAACAAAAAAAUUUUGUUCGCUCACGGAGGGGGGUUAAUUUUUUUUUUUAAAAAAAAUUUAUAUAUAAAUUUUAUAAAAAAUAUUUUUUUUCGAAAUUUAAAAAAAUCCUAAUUUGCAAAAAUUGGGAAGCAAAUAUUAAUUUAAUUUGCAAAAUUUAUGUUUUAAAACGCAAUUUGUUUAAAAUUAAACAGAAUUAGCUCUAGAUUUCAUUAUACUAAUUAUCACUUAUAUAUCAAAAUUUUUUUCCAUUAAAAUUUUUUCUAUUAAAAAAAUUUUUGUUCACUCACGGAGGGUGGGUUUUUGGUCAAAAAAUGGCGAUUUUUCUAAUGGUUUUGUUCGCUCACGGAGGGGGGGGGGAGUGAGGAAAAUGUCACAUGAGGUAAAAAUUAUGACCAAAGUCUGAUACAAAGAAAGAAUUAUAUUUACGCCCUACCUUAAAAUAUUUUCAGAUUUCGUCUUCUUCAAACAUAUCAUGAGCAUGAGUCUUAUCAACUAUGGCUUUAAGAGUCUGAUACAAGGGCAAAGUUCCUGUCAAAUGACUGGCAACAGAUAGAAUGCUUUCUUAUAGUCUUGACAAAAAUGAAAUCGGAUCAAUUGUUCUUGAAUUUUCAAGGAUUUAUGAACUCUCGAGUACUGAUGUAGACACAUUAUUAUCUUAUAUAGAUAAGCCCAACAAUCAAGAAAGUAGCUCUCAAGAAGAACUCAAAGAGGUCAUUAAAGGGCUGCCACCAUGGCUUGAAAACAUUGAAAAAGCUGCUGAUAAGCCAACACAUCAAAAUCUCAGUGAAAUUAUGAGAGAAAUAAAAAUUCCAGAAAGAAAAUAA